AUGACAAAGACCGGUCCUGUUGUAUCCAUGGAUUACUCCCAUAUGUGGUUGCCAGAUAUCAGAAUGUCAAAGCCAACUGAGGUUGAGAAUCCAGCGGCAGACUCUCCGAUGGAGAGCACUGGUAUAAAGCUACAUUAUAUUUUUCCAAUGAAAAUCAACCCUUUCUCUCUUUCUCCCACACUGAGCAGCAGCACCAAGACUAAGGUGGAGGAUUGUGGUGAGAUGUCACCUGCUGCUAUACAAACUACACCUGCUCAGACAGCCCUUCCCCACACACAGCUGAUGCUAACAGGUGGUCAGCUCGCAGGGUUGACUGCACUUUUGCCAGCACAGCAGCAGCUGCUCUUACAGCAGGCACAGCUCCUCGCUGCAGCUGUGCAGCAGUCGCAUGCGGCCCACGCGGCCAAUCAACAGCAAGCCCAGCAGCAGGCCAGUCAGCAGGCAGCGCAGCCGCAGUCGCAGGGCCAAUCGCAGAGCACACAGGAACAAACCGCCGCCCCUGUCCCGCCUCCUCCUCACCAGCUUCCUCUUUCUCAGCCAAUCCAGCUCACUGCGCAGGACAUUCAGCAGUUGCUGCAGCUGCAGCAGUUAGUCCUCGUUCCAGGACACACUCUGCCUUCACCCGCACAGUUUCUUUUACCACAAACACAGCAAGGGCAGCAAGGGCUGCUAUCAAUGCCAAAUCUAAUUCCACUACCUCAGCAAAACCAAGGAAGCCUGCUGGCCGCUCCACCCAGACUUAGUCUUCAAGCACAGAGGGAGAAGGUUGCAGAGAGCAGCGUGAACACAGUGACCUCUCAUCCUGAGGAGCCCAGUGAUCUGGAGGAACUGGAGCAAUUUGCCCGCACAUUCAAACAGAGAAGGAUCAAAUUGGGCUUCACACAGGGUGAUGUGGGAUUGGCCAUGGGGAAGCUCUAUGGGAAUGAUUUCAGUCAGACCACGAUCUCUCGCUUUGAGGCGCUUAAUCUCAGCUUCAAGAACAUGUGCAAACUCAAACCUCUGUUGGAGAAGUGGCUGACUGACGCAGAAACAAUGUCGAUGGACAGCACCUUGCCAAGUCCCAGUGCUCUUUCCUCUCCUUCCCUGGGGUUUGAGGCCCUGCUUGGCCGCCGUAGGAAGAAACGCACCAGCAUUGAGACCAACGUCCGCAUCGCCUUGGAACACAGCUUCAUCACGAACCAGAAGCCUACCUCAGAGGAGAUCCUACUCAUCGCCGAGAAGCUCAGCAUGCAGAAGGAGGUGAUCCGUGUCUGGUUCUGCAACCGCCGACAGAAAGAGAAACGUAUUAACCCCUCCAGUGCCACCCCUCCCUUGCCCAGCCAACCCCAGCCCACCUUGCACAAACCCCUCUGCUACAGCCCGCACAUGAUGCCGAGUCAGGGACCAUCGCAGACAGUGAGCAGUCUCGGUAUAGCAGUGACCACUAUGUCACCAGUUUGCCCUUUGACCCCAAGUGGCCUCUCCUUAAGCUCUGCACCAUCUCCUGUAACCCCGCCUCCCCGCAGUGAUGCCAGCCCCGCCCCUCCAAUUCACAGUACACUAAGUCUGAACACAGGGUGA